UACCUUGGAUUGUACUGUUAAUCAAAUACAUUUGGUGCACAUAGAACGUAUAGAUUACUUAAGGAAACCAAAGUGCCAUUAUUAAGCUGAUUGGGAUAUUAUCGAGUGUUUCUAUUAAUCGGGAUUAUUGAAAAUGUGAAUUAAAAUUUGAAAGGAAAUGGGAUCUUCAGCGGAAAAGGCGAAGAAGCUUUGCCUGAACGACGACCAAAAUAAUCUCGUUACCCAAGCGAUCCAUUUGAUUGAAUUCUUAAGGGAAGUGGAUCAAAACAGACAUCUCUAUGAUUUGCAGAAUAUAAGACGGGCUGUUUACAGGUACGAAACAUUCUGGCUGCCUUUAGCUGCUAAAUAUCCGGACGAAACUUUGUGUGCACCUCUGGAUAUCCACUGGGUGUGGCAUUGUCACAUGCUUACUCCUAGGGCAUACGUGGAAGACUGCAAGGCAAUUGUUGAAACCGUGAUAAGCCAUGAAGAAAGAAACAGCUAUGAAAGGCACAUUUUGUUGAAAAAGAGCGCUUCUUAUUGGCAACGAUUGUACGGAGAAGAACCGUUUAACGUCAACUACUCGGAUACGUUCGAUGAAACGAUGCUAGAAAACUUUAAAUCUAAAAUGUCAUUUGAUAUUUUAUCAUCUGUCCAGCGGCAGUCUAGUUUCUACUAUCAGGUAUCGCUGCCUCAUUACCAAGACCUCACAUAUCUGCUACAGGCGGAAGAGAGAUACAAAAAGUUUCUCUACCUUCGUAAACAAAAUGUUGGCGAUUAUCUGGUGCCUUGUUACGAUAUUGAUCUUAUCUGGCACACACAUAUGAAAAACCCGCUUGCAUACAAGAAGGACACAGAGAGCAUACUUGGUUACCAUUUUAAUCACGACGACACAACUACUGACAGAAGCGAAGGAUCAAAACUGAGCAACGGCGAUCGUGUCACUAAGCGCAAAUGGAAGGAGUUAUAUGGAGAAUCAUAUGUUAAACCAGGGGCAAUGUAUCGCGGAGAGCCGCCAGUUGGGACACUUGAAACAAUUUCAAAAAAGUCUAUCUUUGAAAUGUCAGAAAAAUACUGUUGUGUUUCGAUUAAAAAGGUGAUUGCAAAACGAUCAACGUCAGACAACGGAAGUAAAAGGAAACCCAAGACAUUCAUGAUUGGUUGUUGGUCUGGAGAAGUAGAUGGUCAAACCACAGAUAACCAUCUGUUCCAUUUGAAGAGCAGCAAUGCAGUUCAAAUAGAUGAAGAUGCAUUUGAAUGGGAUGUAAGUUUACCUGAUAUAUACCCCGAUAACAAAGGCAUUUCAUGUAGUAACCUAUUGUUUUUGGUCCUAACUGAAAAACGCCGUGUUGCGUUGAUUAUGACGUCCAAAGAGGAGACAGGAUCCAUGAAACAUGCAUUGAACGUUGAAGAAAUCUACAAGGAAACUGAAGGCGACGUAUCAAAGAUCAUCACCUUGUGUUUUAGACUUGGUUGUCUUGAUGUAACAUUAGAAGCUAAGCAUACGGAAAUCACAGCUAAACCUCUUAAACUGCAUUUAUCGCCCGGAGGGUAUACUAACGCAAUCAUCCCAGAGAAUAUCAGACAACUUUGGGGUCCUGUGCCAUUUGAUAAAUUGCCUGGAGGAGUUGACAAUUCUUGUAUCGUAGCCACACACAGGUUGUAUGCACAGCUUGAUCGACACUUCACAAUCCGUGUUAUUCAUAGUGUUCCACUGAUGACUUCAGUUGUGCAGGUGUUUCACGAAGAUCACAUGCUGGCAAUAUCUCACUUGAUUGGUACCGAACAACUUCCUUUACAGACACAGAUAAAGAAGCAAGAAAUGAAAAUACCGGCACUGAACCCUAAGUUAGGACAGCGGGCAAUGUUGAUCAAGAACACAGGCGGUGACUGGGGAAUAGUGACUGGCGAGUGGAAUGGUUUUAAAAAAGGCAAACCCGGUGUCAGAGUUGGACGUAAGAUGGUCGGUGGUGUGAAGGGAGAUCCAGGUGCUCUGCUAGUUAAUUUGUAUAAAAAUGGCCCUGCAAAUUCUCUUCAACACAUGAGCUGUUCCUUCGAUUACUCUCAAGACGCAAAAUGUUCUAUCAAAUUAGAUGACCUAGAAGCAGACUUCAACCAUGACCAUGUCAACAUCUCUUCAACUACUGAGGUUCCCGAAAACAUUGCCCUUACCUUUUCCGUUGCGCUUCUCCACGUGUUCUGUGUCCCGCGGCCAAAAGAUUGGACGGAAGGACAUGAACUUCAACCGAAAGUCAAUUCCAACGGGAAACGGAAUACAAUUAGAAUACCAGAUGACCUGACGUUUUUCAGGGCGGCAGGAAUUUUGCAUAACACACCGUCGAAUUACUACAUUCGAAACAAACCGUUAAAACGCACAAGCGAUCGUAAAGGAAAACAUGUCCGUUCACGUAAUUAUUCGGAUGAUGAUGGAAAAGACGAUGAUGAACAUGGCAAUGAUGACCACGAAGAUGAAGAUUUCGGCAAUGAUGACCACGGUUUUGAUGACAAUGGAGUAAAUGAACAGUUUGAUAUGUCUGACGUCGAUGAUAUGUGUACUGACUGGGAUGACCUUCCUGGAGAUGAAUCAUGUGGAGGGAUUUAUGGAGGUGAUGAAGUUGGAGCUAUUUACGGAGGUGAAGAUGUGGGAGGUGGAUAUGGUGGGUAUGACGGAGGAGAUUUUGGUGGCUACGGCGGAGGUUUUAGCAGUAGUGCAGCUUGCGGAAGCGCGGGAGGAGGAAGCUCUUGUGGGGGUGGUGGAGGUGGAUGUGGAAGUAGUUGUGGUGGCGGAGGAGGAGACGACGAUUAGCUUUUAUACCAUACACUUUUGUUUUGUUGUCGCAUGGUAAACUUACACUUACCUUUAACAGAUAUUAUUAUAAUUAUACUUUUAUGAUACGUAUUUUUUCCGAUUUUUAUAUUUAUGUAAAUAAAGUUAACGAAAAAUUAAGCUGUCUUUGCUCCUCUAUAAAUAACAAGCCACAUAUG